CGUCAACCCGAGGAAGGCCAGCAACCCCAAGAACCCCCUCGACAAUCCAUAGAGCAGAAAAUGUCGGUAUCGCCGGCAUACCUCAACAACGCCCUCGCAGCACGAGGACUGCUACGCGAUGGUCCACUCGAUUUCAGCAGCCAGUCGCAAUGCAUCGACAUCAUCCACACCCUCCUCCAGAAACGCGACCGCGAAUUCGAAGCCAAAGAAGCCCUGGCAGAGAAAUUCGCUCGUCUAUCACGGGAAGUAGAAACUCAAACCAUCGCCGCAGAACGUCUCCGCACCCGCUGCGAGAAUGCAGAACGACAAAUUGAUGUUCUUAAGGGCCAACUCGGUUCCGCGAACGCGCAGCUCCGACAACAUCAAUCCGAGAUGAAGGGAUUGAAAGAUACGCUGCAACGACAGAAGCUGGCUACGGAACAUCUCAAGUCGCAGUUUUCUACUGAUUUGAGGAAGAAAGAGAAGGAGAUGUCAAGGUUGAAGGAGCGGAUUGCGGAUCCGGCCAUCACGCGUCGGACAAAUCGACCAACACCGACUAUCUCCAUUGCGGGAUACGGAACUGGACAUGCGUCCCCAUUGGGCGAGGAGGAGGAUAAGAAAGCAAAGGAAUUCAUUACGGAGGAUAGUUGGCGGUCGUUGACCGAGACGGUACAAGCUCAGUUUGACGAAAACGCUCGCCUGACCUACCUUCUCCAAACAAUCAUCUCGACACUCGGACAACUAACCACACCCUCUGCCGAGUCUGCACCUUCCUCUGACGGGCUGGUAAACAUCAAGCCAGGUUCAGCAGAGGACCUUACCUCCGAGCUCCAGAACAAACUCGACGCACUUGAGGCCAUCCUUCAUGAUCCCAACUUUGUGCCUUUGGAGGAUGUCCUCUUGAAAGAACAGCAGAAUGAGCAACUGCGAACAAAGGUGAAGCAUCUCGAGGAGGAUGUAACGCAUGCGAGAUUAUUGGCAGAGGAGUGGAGACUACUGAGUGAGAAGAACAAACAGGGGUGGACAACUGAAUCUGCAGCCACUCCUGCUCCAGUCCCUCCAAUUGCAAAACCCAAGAAGGAAGAAGUACCAAUGCAAACACCGCUCAAACAGGUCGCCGAUAGCAUGGCGCAAGACAUGGAACUGCAAGUCGCCCUCAAAGACGAACAGCCUACCCGCAAGCUAAAACGCAUCGCCACCCCUCGUCCUGUGCGAGAAAUCCUCUCCGGCGAAGAUACCUCACACUCCUCCCUCGAGACCACGCCAGCGGUUUCGAAGCAAGAGUUAUUGGCGAGAGGAGAUAUCACGUUGACGCCCCGGAGAGCGGCGACGCCGAAGGUUGAUUUAGUGGAGAAGAUGAGGGAGAUGGAGCUCAGAAAAGAGAGGGAGGAGAGAAUGGACACACCGACGAGGACGGCGGUCGUGGAUAGGGAAUUGGAGGAGGCAUUGGGGUUGCGGGCACCGAUCACCACCCCACCCGUUUCAGACGAGAUGGAGCUUUGAAACGUGAGAAGUCAAGACUCAAGGGAACUGCUUUAAGACGCC